GUAUGGCUCAUGGUUAAACAUAGUCUCACCCACGCGAAUCACGCGCCGGCACAGUCGCCCCAAGACUGCCCAGUUCCAUCUACUUUCUCAACGCCUUUACACGCACCAGAACAUAAAAGAUGAGUCGUGUGGGAAGAGGAAGACGCACUCGCGUCUAUGAUUGCAAUUACAAUAAAGGAGAAAGCUACUACCGUCCAGUGCUAGAUCGACUUGAUGGUAAAGUGCCACUAGCAAGGGAACCUGAUAAAGACAAAAUUAGAACAGAUGUAGAGAAUCGUAUUCGCAGUGCUCUUGAUGAUGUCGAAACUCCGACUGACGACUUUUUUGAUUCAAGAGGUGCUCGCGCUACUAGAGAAAGACCUCUCGCUUCUGCCUUCGAAGAGGACGACUUGACUGACGAUAUCACUGAGUCAUUGAAACGCUUACGCGCCAGCAAAAAGACUUCAAGAUUCACUGAAGAUAUUGACUUCGAGAACAGUGUCGCUGGUAUUGAGAAUCGAAUGAAAAUUUCUGAUAAAAUCCUAGAAAGCGUGGGAAUUGGCAGGAGUGAAGUCAGUAAUGCACGACGGGCUUUAAAAGAGAACGAAGAACGUACAGAAAAGCGCAUAGCACGUCGACUAAACGACGAGAACUCACUUACAAAAUGGUCUGCGAUAAAGGAGUUCGAUGACGAAAGCGCUGCUGUUCAGCGGGCGAAAGCUACGAGAGCUCGUCUCUCAGACUUAGAAGAUGAGAUGACAGAGUUGACUGAAAGAACUGCAGCAAGAGAGAAACGUGCAGCAAGACUCAGAGCUCUUGUAGCUGACACCGACGUUUCUGACACAACCGUUGCCUCUACGAAGAUAAGCGUCCGCGCUGAAAAAGAAAAAAAGCAAGUCACUUUCUAAAGACAACCAAUACGUCUUUUAAACGUCCUAAACUCUUAUCAAAUGGAGCAAGUUUUGGACAUAGAUAAAUAUGCUAGACUGUGUAUUCCUUAACAUUUGAAAAUGUAACACGUUCUAGUCGGUAUUUCUCUUUUAUAUUUCUUUCUUAGAACAAAGCUUUGUAUUGCCCUUGUUUUAUUUAAGUCUUUAAUAAAUAAAAGUUAUAAAAAAGCUAAUCGUAUCUAUUCUAAUAAUAAUCUCUGGCAAGCUUUGACAAAAACUAAUUUCAUUUUAAUUUUAAGAGAUACUGGGAAAUCACCUCGCUAUACAAGAUUUCAGUAUUAAAUAUUGCUUUAAGUUUCUAUGAGUUACGACCUAUCUAAUAUAUCUACAUAGCUUAAGGGACUUAAAUAUAUGUAACUACGUACUUUAUAAUUGCAGAAAAAUCGCAGUUUACUUAAAAUUGGACCUCAACAUUUUACUAAACUAACUAUAGUUCAUAUAAACUAUUGCACCGAUAUAUAAUGAAUAUUAAGAUGUGAAAUAAAUACAAUAUUAUACAUAUUAUUACACAGAAAUAAAUUAUACAUUUCAAAUUGUUAUAUCGUAUAAUUUAUUCGCUUUUAGUUGAUUAUUUUAUAUUAAUUUUAGGCUUCUCUGUAUUAAUAAUAUUUACUUACAAUCGCGAUUGAUGGUUUGAGGUUCAUAAGUAGAUAAUAUAAACAAUGAAAAAAAUAUUAUUAAAAAAUAAAAAAUAAAA